GGAAUGGCAGAGGCAGUCUGUGUCUGUCUUUACUCGCCGUUCUGCUGCCUACACCCUUCCACUGUGCGAGGCCAUACUUCAUUAGCAUUUUAGCGGACGAUAAAACCCCUCAAGAAUUCAGUAAUUUCCCUUCCUAGUUCCUACCUCGCUCGCUCCACCGUUUAGUGAAGCUUCUGGAGGGAGUUCUGUAUGCUAAUGUUUAAGGCCACGCGAGCUGGGGUCAAAAUUCUGGGACUCCCUCCGAUUUCUACCUUGUUACGAUCUAACCCUCUGAUUCUCGUGUUUUUUUGCUAGGAAGCUGUGAGAACAAUGCCAAUGGCCAAGCACUUCCGAUGUAUGCACUCGACAAAUUGUGUUUGCAUAAAAGGGCAUCUGAGUGAAGAAGUGAUAUUCUUACUUUUCCAGCAUUUGAACUGGAACCCUAAGAUGAUUGCCGCUCUGUCGUGUGUAUGCAAAUGGUUUGAUGAUCUAGCCAAGAGGGUGCUUUGGAAGGAGUUCUGUAAGACAAGAGCACCGAAGAUGAUGCUUGAUCUGCAGUCUAGUAGGAGUCACAGUGUCGAUGGGAACUGGAGAGCCCUCGGGAAGCUUCUGAGUUACUGCUCCGGCUGUACCAAGGGCGGCUUGUUCAAUAGCAUUCAUAUUCCUGGACAUUUUGUUUACAGAACCCGUUUCUCGAGGACAUCUGGGAAGAGCUUUCUUUUACCGCAAUGCAGGACGGAUGUUUUGUAUGUAUCUGACCCUUGCGAGCAUCUUGACCAAGGAGAAGAGGGGGAUGUUGGUUUUUUCCGUGGACUGUUUAAAUCGUUUGCAACAUCAAAAGUUCGGAAAAUGCUGAUUAAGAGAAAGGCACAGCUACACCCAAAGGAGGUAUGUCCUUACUGUAAGGCUAAGUUGUGGAGCAUGUUGCAGGCUAAGAUGAUACCGUCAAGUGCCAGCUGCAGGUUGGUCGCUUAUGAAGAUGCAGUUGAGUAUUAUGUGUGCCUUAACGGGCAUGUGCUCGGGAUUUGCACCCUCUUACCUUUGUCUGAUACAGAGGAAGCACCCGAAUCGGAUUGUGACACUUGAGAGUGCAGUAAUCUUGGACACAUUUAAGUUCCUUAUUAUCUCUUAAUUUUGUUGGGGGUAUUUUCAUACAAGAGCAUAGCAGAUUAUACUGCAAUUUGAACACACAUGAAAUUCAUACUGCAACUCCCAAACUGAAGGGGAAAACAAAAAAAAACUUGGAUUGUAAUGAAGUUUCUGUUUCAGGUUA